AUGAGACUAUUCCUAUUCAUAUAUACGCUUAUUACUUUCAUCAAAUUCUCUUCUUCUACGGUCGUCGUCACAAUCACCGCCGCCCCAGCCAUCCCCUCCGGCGAACCGUCCUACUCCAACCCUGCAUCUUUCACAUCUGCGAUUCUUAAUUCGACUAAUACCUACCGCCGCGAAUACAACGCUACUUCACUCUACUGGAAUACCACUCUGGAAAAAUUCGCUACUGCAUAUCUUCAAUCGGAUACAACCUGCCGUUUCGCCCAUUCAGGCGGUCCAUACGGCGAGAACAUCGCAAUUGGAUACGCGAACGCGACAGCGACGGUAGAGGCUUGGGGUAAUGAGGACGAAAAAUACAAUUUCGACCAUCCUGGUUUCACGGAAGAGACAGGACAUUUUUCUCAGCUGGUCUGGAAAGCAACGAGGGGUGUUGGAGAAGAUAAGCGCGUUGGCAAUACUAUUAUCGCUGGAAUAUUGACACUUCUGCUUGCAGAUUAUAGCUCCACCAAGGAAGAUCUCUUGAUUAGCGAUGCCAUUUACGCGUAA